GAGCUAGGACAAGCUACUCGUUUUGAAUCUUUUGUCCAAGAGGAUGGGAAUCCAGAAACUGGGCUGGUGGAGAGGAGCUGUUGGUGGACGUAGCUCGUCAGAGGGAGGGAGGGCAGUGUCUGCCAGAGAAGCAAGCUGAGCUACUGAAAUGACCACACACUGUAAAGGCCUUGGGCACAGAAAUCUCUGUGGGAAAAUUACUCCAGAGCAUACUGCAGGACAGUCGUAUAAGGAGCAGUUAAAUUCACAAUAUCUGGAUCCUGAUCAUUUUCCAACAUGGCAGGUGUGAGUGGCUGUAUAAAAUACUCUAUGUUUAUCUUCAACUUCUUGUUCUGGCUAUGUGGUAUCCUGAUCCUGGCAGUAGCAAUCUGGAUACGAGUAAGCAAAGAUGGUCAAGAGAUCCUCAGCUCUGGGGACUCGGCCACUAACCCCUAUGUCGCUGUGAACAUCUUGAUUGCAGUGGGCGCCAUCAUCAUGAUUCUGGGGUUCCUGGGGUGCUGCGGUGCCAUGAAGGAAAGCCGCUGCAUGCUUCUCCUGUUCUUCAUAGGCUUGCUUCUGAUCCUGCUCCUGCAGGUGGCCGCAGGGAUCCUAGGGGCUGCUUUCAAAUCUCAGACUGAGCGCGUUCUGAAUGAGACUCUCUAUGAAAAUGUAAAACUUCUGAGCACAGCAGAUGAAAAUGGAAAGGCAUUCCAGACAGCCCUGUCUGAAUUUCAAAAAGAGUUUAAAUGCUGUGGUUUGGUCAAUGGAGCUGCUGAUUGGGGAAAUAAUUUUCAACAAUAUUACAAGUCAUGUGAAUGUCCAGAGAAGUCAGAUUCGCCCUGUGUAACUUAUGAUAAUAAAUCCAUUUACAAACAGCCAUGCAUUUCCUUGAUAAAAGACUUAGUUGCAAAACAUAUUCUCGUGGUUAUUGGAAUCGCGUUUGGACUGGCAGUUAUUGAGAUACUUGGUCUGGUAUUUUCCAUGGUCUUGUACUGCCAGAUCGGGAACAAAUGAACCCAUGGAUGUGCCGAGCUACCAUCAGUCAAACUCCUUUAAAGUCUUGCUUUGGCUUUGUGAUUUCAAAUAUUUGAGUGCUGUGUGUUACGAGCAGCUGUCCUACUAAAACGUCUCAUUUAGCUGGACCACAGAUAUCUUCCAGACAUAUUGAACAUAUUUAAGAUUUGAGUGACACAAGGAAAAUGAUAUGAAUGUGCAUUUUCACUGAAAAUAAAACUAACGUUGU